AUGAGUAGUUUUAUUGCACCUAUUGACCUACCUUACUAUGGUCGUGGUAUGGUGGCUAUGGAGCGGAUUCAACCAGGAACGAUCGCUUUGUCGAAAACCGUCGAUGCUUUUACUCUUGAAGUUGGAAUUCUGACCACUCAUUGCUCUGGUUGUACAAGUGAAGGACAAAAAACGCUGAGAUGUACAGCUUGUAAAACAAUUCAUUAUUGUUCAAAGACAUGUCAAAAAGCUGACUGGCCCCUACAUAAACUAGAAUGCAAAGCUCUGCAAGCUUCAAAACACAAUGGGAUUUUACCUUCCAUUUGUCGUUUACUUAUUCGUUUGUAUUCAAUUUCGCUGAAAAAUCCAAAGAGGAUUGAGCAACUAGAAUCGCACCGAACAGAUUUCCCCAAGGUAGCGGCUUCAUGGACUGAUGCAGAAUUAAUUGCAUCCGCAGCUUCCCAUUAUACCAAGAGUUAUCAGACAGAUUUUUUUCGUUCUUUGUUCUGUAAGCUAUCUAUCAAUUCUAUGAAUCUUGUUACAUGUUCUUUUGAUCGACUGGGUGUCUGUCUAGAUACUGUUCUUUCGCGCAUAAAUCAUUCAUGCGAACCAAAUUGUCACAUUAUUUUCGAAGGUUCUCGUGCAAUACUCGUAGCAACCCGACAGAUUCAAAAAAAUGAACAACUCUUUAUUUCGUAUACUGAUGUUCGACUCCCCCAAUCGAUUCGACAAAAGCAACUGAAAAAAAAGUAUUUUUUUGAUUGUGAAUGUGAGAAGUGUGCGAAAGAAUCACUCAGUGGGGAGAAAGAUGGUUCGCACUAUCAGUCUCAGCUUAAAAACAAUCGGGAAUCCUUAUCCAAGAAUUUAAAGCUAGCAAAAGAACUUUGGUCAUCCUCUUGCGAAAAGUGUCUAUAUCCAUGGGGAAUUUUACUUCAUCGUAUUAAGCUGGGAUUUUUGAAUGAAAUGAACUAUGAUGGAGCAUUUGCUGCUUUGCUUCUCAAGAGCGUGAAUGACCCAUAUAGGGAUGCCAUACACGUGGUGGACGAAUAUCAACUGCUGCUUUUAGGUAAGCAAUUGAUAAUGGAAGUGAAGCAAAGUAUAUUUCCCAAUGACAGACCCCUUGAAAUUGAACUCGGAGGAGGACGUACACACUCGGGUGAUGCACGACUGGAUCAGCAAGAAAAGGUCAAUUUUUCUGCUUUACGUGGAGAGCAACAUUGCUUCUUAAGCUAUUACUCUAUUUCGUUAGAUGACUUGGUGGUUUGGUUGCUACAGCGGGCAGGUUAUUUAUUGGAGACAGUAAAGCACAGCCAUCCAGAUACUUGUUUUGCGAUUUCUGUCGUAGAAGACGUAAAGGAAUUUUUUGAGGUCUGCAAGGACUAUCAGUCAUCAUUUGUUGAUCAUAAAUAUUUCCGAACAUUUGAAACCAAACUUGAAGAGGCAUGUAAGGACUAUUUGAUGCGAUACUAG